ACAAAAAGCUCAGAGACAGAGGAGAGAAAAUGUCAGCAAGAAGAAAAGAGAGAGCAGAGGAGGAGAGCAAGGAGGUUUUCUCAGAGGAGGAGGAGAGGAGUGUUGAGGAGGAGGAGGACUGUGAGGAGGCCUUGAGGGAGGCUGCCCCCUCUUCUGCUUCCAGAAGAAAACCUGGAGCAUUCAAGCAACAAAUUGUCCCUAAAAUCCCAGAGGCAGUGGACGACUUCCUGAGGAACUUCCUCCGGAGAGCCGGCCUGAGCCGCACUCUGGACAGCUUUGAGUCUGAGUGGUACGGCUCGGCCCAGAAACGCCUGAUAGAGACUCUGAACAUGACAGAAAGCGGUAUCUUGUUCAUUCCUGAUGCCCUCACACACAGGCAGCUCCUCCAGAGAGAGCUGGAGGCGGUCCGCAGGGAGACGGAGCAGCUCAGACAGGAGGUGCUGGGUGUAGGGGAGGGCCUUGCCAGCAUGCAGAGGGAGAGGAACUUCCACCGGCUGCAGUACAGACGAGUUGCUGAGGACAAAAACCGUUUGAUACAGGACUUCAAACAGCUGAGGAAACACCUGGAGUCCUAUGAACCGGCACUGAGGCAGCUGGAGGACAAAUACCAUGCAGCUCUGAGGCAGAAAAUGCUCAUCAAGAGAGUUCAAAAUACUGCAAAUCGAGAAAUCAAGAAAGACAGAAGCAUCAAAAGGAGCAAUAGUGCUGAUAAAUCCCCAGCAAAAAGCACCAUGAGCAGACCUCCACAGGACACACAGUUUCCUGUCUGCAGCAGGCAGGUUAACAACCAUCUGGCUCAGGUGAAAUCUCAAAAAUGUAAAAGCCCCAGUUCCUUUAGCCUGUCCUACUCCAUCAGAGCCCACCAGCUUCCCAUCAGCUGCAUCGACCUCCACCCACGGAAACGGAUCCUGGCUUCUGCCAGUGAUGACAGCAGCUGGAGGCUGUGGCUGCUGCAGGCUGAUGGAGAGAAGAUUGGUCAGAAGCUCCAGACAGGUGAGGGUCACUCUGAUUGGCUGUCUGGCUGCAGCUUUCACCCUGAUGGAGCAAAACUGGCAACAACCAGCGGAGACUCUAUGGUGCGGCUCUGGGAUUUCUCUCGAGGCUGCUGUGUGCUGACGCUGCCCGGUCACACUCAGCCCACCUGGGGCAGCUCCUUCCACGACUGCGGCCAUUUCCUGGCGUCCUGCUCCGCUGACAAAACGGCCAAGCUGUGGGACCUGAACAGCCAGCGCUGCCGUCUCACCAUGCGUCGCCACACCGCUUCGGUCAACAGCAUCUGCUUCCUGCCCUUCUCCAACCUCCUCCUCACCUGCUCAGCUGACAAAACCCUCGCCGUGUGGGACGUUAGACUGGGUGUCUGCACCGCCACCUUCCACGGACAUCAGCACCCCUGCAACCACGCCACCUUCAGCCUGCCGGGCAAUGUCAUAGCCUCCUGUGACUCCUGUGGAGUCAUCGACCUGUGGGACAUCAGGAACCCUGCGUUGGCCACGGCCAUGGUAGAUGCCGGGCCACUGGCGGCCAACCAGGUGGCGUUCAGCCCAUCAGGGAAGAUGAUGGCUGUUGCCAGCAGUGAUGGUCUGGUCAGAUUGGUGGAGGUGGAUUCCUGCAUGGUGAGCAGUCUGUCGGGACACAGCGACAGCGUGCAGAGCGUGACUUUUGACCACACGGGGGAGACGCUGAUGUCAGCGGGGAGUGACGGCUUGAUAAACGUCUGGGCGUUGAAAUGAAAUGAUAAACUGCAGUGAAGCCAGUGAAUGUAAAAUGUUGUUUUUCUUGUGAUGAUGAUGAAGUUCUCUCACAAAACUUUUGAUACUGACUCAGAUAAAAACCGUAGUUUCAGAAUCUAAACCAAAAUGACUGAGAAAUACGUUUUUUGUCUAAAAAAAACCUUCUGAAUGUCGUAGUGAUGUGCCAAUG